UUCCUGCGCUCAGUACAGACGUGGAGUGUGUGUGUGUGUGUGUGCUGCGGGAGACGAGAGACGCCAUGAGCCUGAGGACGCUGCUGCUGUGUGUGUGCGCGGUGUGUGUGUGUGUGCAGGGCGCGGAGGACGGGGACGGGAGGAAGGAGUGUUACAACUACGCAGGAGGACAUGUCUACCCCGGAGAGGCGUCCAGGGUCCCGGGGUCUGAUCACUCCCUGCACCUGAGCAAGGCCAAGAUCUCGAAGCCGGCGCCGAGCUGGGAGGGCACCGCCGUCAUCAACGGAGAGUUUAAAGAGCUGAAGCUGUCGGACUACAGGGGCAAAUACCUGGUGUUCUUCUUCUACCCCCUCGACUUCACAUUCGUCUGUCCCACUGAGAUCAUCGCCUUCAGUGACCGCGUCCAUGAGUUUCAUGCCAUUAAUGCUGAUGUCGUGGCCUGUUCGGUCGACUCACAGUUCACACACCUGGCCUGGAUUAACACACCCAGGAAGCAGGGAGGACUCGGGCCGUUGAAGAUCCCCCUGCUGUCUGACCUCACACACCAGAUUGCCAAGGACUACGGAGUGUAUCUGGAAGACCAGGGACACACACUUAGAGGUUUGUUCAUCAUUGAUGAUAAAGGUACACUGCGUCAGAUCACCAUGAACGACCUGCCUGUGGGACGCUCGGUGGACGAGACACUGCGCCUGGUGCAGGCCUUCCAGUACACUGAUAAACACGGAGAAGUUUGUCCAGCUGGCUGGAAACCUGGCAGUGACACAAUUAUUCCUGACCCCUCAGGCAAGCUGAAGUACUUUGAUAAACUGAAUUAAUCUCCAGACAUCGUUGUGUGUUGCAUUAAAAACAGAAGAUUUUGAUAGACGUGUGUUUUGUUCAAAUCAAUGUCCUGAUUUUUAUACAAAAAAAGUAAGUGUGUGUGAGCAAUCUGUACAAAUCUGUUCAUUUCAGUUCUGGUUCUCAAACAAACAUAGUUACACUACACACACAUUUUUAUAACUGACUGGAUAAACACACACACACACACACACACACACACACACCUCAGUGAUAUGGAUGGUGUUAAUGUCCAAUGAUGAUAAAAUAAAACUUGUCCUGGUCGUUUUGGAAGAA